UUUGGAAAGUUAAACCAGGAUAAGAUUUACAGAAAAUGGUAGGGUGCUGAGAGUAUGACCCACAGAUUCCACAGAGAGCCCCAGGGAUUCAUGUAAACAGUUCUGUUCAAUGGACAACACGGGGAGACAGUGGUGAAUAAGGUGUUUGGCAAGCUUGCCUUAUCGGUCGGGUCAUUGAGUACAGGAAUUGGGGCAUCCCAUUACAACUGUACAUCAUCGGCGGUCACUCGAAACAAGUAUGACUGUCCUCUCCUUUCCAUAGUGUCGUCUACUUGUGGGUCUGCAGAUGUCUAGAGGCUGAUCCGCGGUCCACACACCUUGGUGCAACGUGGGCAGUGGAGACUGGUGGUGAUUGGUAGUCGUCGAGCCCCCCUUCUCUCUCUCCUUAUGGUGCUGUGGCUUUGUCUCUGCGACACGGCGUAGUUCCAUUUUGUGACGUGCAGCUCCUUCCUGCACGGAUUUUCUCCAGGGGCGCCUGCCCAAUGCAAUUUGCACCCAGUUGCUCGAUGUGAUGUGGAAUUUCUUCAGACUGUUCUUGAUGUUAUCCUUGAAGUGUUUUUUUUGGCCCACCGACCUUCCUUUAAUUGAGAGUACAGGAUUUGUUUAGGGAGAAGUGUGUUGGAUAUGUCGAUGACAUGGCCCGUCCAUCGAAGUUGGUGCUGCAUUAUUGUGGUGGUGAUGCUGGUCAUGUUGGCUUCCUCCAAAACCCUGAUGUUGGUGCGCUUGUCCUCCCAGCUGAUCCUUAGAAUCUUUCGUAAGGAUCUUUGAUGGUAUUGUUUCAGGGCUCUCAGGGGCCUGCUGUAGGUGGUCCAUGACUCGGCUCCAUACAACAGGGUGGAGAGGACAACGGCUCUGUGGACCAGCAGUUUUGUUUGAGCCUUUAGGUCUCGGUCUUCAAAGACUCUUUUCCUGAGUCUGGCUUAGGCUCACAAAUCAUUGCAACUAUAAACACUUGGAAUAUUGUGAAAUUCUAGUCAGUCAGCUAUAGGAAGGAUGUCACAAAGUUGGAAAGGCGAUGGAGAAGAUUUACAAGAAUAUUAUUGGCAAUGGAAGGCUUAAGAUAAAGAAACAGGAAGCAAAGAGUAGGAGUAAACGGGUCCUUUUCACAAUGGCAGGCAGUGACUAGUGGGGUACCGCAAGGCUCAGUGCUGGGACCCCAGCUAUUUACAAUAUAUAUUAAUGAUCUGGAUGAGGGAAUUGAAGGCAAUAUCUCCAAAUUUGCGGAUGACACUAAGCUGGGGGGCAGUGUUAGCUGUGAGGAGGAUGCUAGGAGACUGCAAGGUGACUUGGAUAGGUUGGGUGAGUGGGCAAAUGUUUGGCAGAUGCAGUAUAAUAUGGAUAAAUGUGAGGUUAUCCAUUUUGGUGGCAAAAACGGGAAAGCAGACUAUUAUCUAAAUGGUGGCCGAUUGGGAAAGGGGGAGAUGCAGCGAGACCUGGGUGUCAUGGUACACCAGUCAUUGAAGGUAGGCAUGCAGGUGCAGCAGGCAGUAAAGAAAGCGAAUGGUAUGUUAGCUUUCAUUGCAAAAGGAUUUGAGUAUAGGAGCAGGGAGGUUCUACUGCAGUUGUACAGGGUCUUGGUGAGACCACACCUGGAGUAUUGCGUACAGUUUUGGUCUCCAAAUCUGAGGAAGGACAUUAUUGCCAUAGAGGGAGUGCAGAGACGGUUCACCAGACUGAUUCCUGGGAUGUCAGGACUGUCUUAUGAAGAAAGACUGGAUAGACUUGGUUUAUACUCUCUAGAAUUUAGGAGAUUGAGAGGGGAUCUUAUAGAAACUUACAAAAUUCUUAAGGGGUUGGACAGGCUAGAUGCAGGAAGAUUGUUCCCGAUGUUAGGGAAAUCCAGGACAAGGGGUCACAGCUUAAGGAUAAGGGGGAAAUCCUUUAAAACCGAGAUGAGAAAAACUUUUUUCACACAGAGAGUGGUGAAUCUCUGGAACUCUGCCACAGAGGGUAGUUGAGGCCAGUUCAUUGGCUAUAUUUAAGAGGGAGUUAGAUGUGGCCCUUGUGGCUAAGGGGAUCAGGGGGUAUUGAGAGAAGGCAGGUACGGGAUACUGAGUUGGAUGAUCAGCCAUGAUCAUAUUGAAUGGCGGUGCAGGCUCGAAGGGCCGAAUGGCCUACUCCUGCACCUAAUUUCUAUGUUUCUAUUGGCAAUGGAAGGCUUAAGAUAAAGAAACACUGGAUAGGCAGGAGAUUGAGGGUUGGUCUAUUGAGAUAUAAAGUAGGUGGAUUGUCAGUCUUUUUCCCUAAGGUAGGGGAUUCUGAAACUAGACGACAUAGAUUUAAGUUGAGAAGGGAAAGUUUUAUACAAGGCCAUGAAGGGUAACUUCUUCACACAGGUGAUGGUGAGUAUGUAGCUCGAGCUGCCGAAUAAGCUGUGUACAGGGGUGCAGUUAUAAUGUUUCAAACAUUUAAAAGAGAGGUACAUGGAAUGGAAAGGUUGGAGGCAUGAGCCAACCACAGGCAUCUGCAAAUUGGGCAGAAGGGCCUAUUUCCACACUGGACAUCUCUGGAUCUAGGUACAGGCGACCCCCGCGUUACGGAAAAUUGCCUUUACAGAAUUCACAAAUGGAAUAAAAAUUAGGCCAGGAAAAAAAAAUAACAACUCUGCGUUUCUCGAAGCAUGCACCGGUGACUCGGCCUCGCAUUAGGAGACAUUUGUGAUACGUCCCGUGUUUCAGGUGGGGGUGGUGGUCCACACCGUGCCCCCCGCCCCACCGGGACAGGCAUCUCGGCUCCCAUUAGAAAAGGCAUGAGUCAGGGCUCCGCGGUGCUGAGAGCACUAACAACAUCUACCUUCCUGCAAUCGCCAGGGCAACCGCGGGCCCAGAGGUUGCGAAGGGAGGGAGGGAUUUACGUGGAGACGCUCGGCAACUCCCCGCCUAGCUCUGUCUUUGCUCAUCACACAGCCGGAGCUGCUCAGGACACCUCACCGGAGCUGCCGCCCUGAGGCUCCAUUAGUAUCUCUUCCUCGCACCAGCAAGGCUGAUAUUCUCCCUCCCCAUCUCUUUCCUCUCUCCCUCCCCAUCUCUUUCCUCUCUCCCUCCCCAUCUCUUUCCUCUCUCCCUCCCCAUCUCUUUCCUCUCUCCCUCCCCCUGCCUCCGGUGUGUCACCCACUGACGGCAGGAGCAAAGAUACCACAGGCUCCUCUAGUAUCUCUGGGCAGGAGGGAGACGUCCAGUGAGCUGGUGUCUGAAGCACGGGGUUUGAACAGACCCGUGUGUUCCGAUCAGUCUCCAGAUCAAAAAGUACAAAGUCAAGGCCUUUGGAUGCGAGAAGCCUGUAUCCUGCAAUGGAAGCCAACCCACUGGAAGGAUGCCAUAUUGGCCUACUGCGCUGGUUUGUGGCUGCAACACAGAUUCUUGGGUUGUCUGCAGUAAUCAUAACUGGUGUGUGGCUGGGUCACUAUCAAGGAGGCUUUGCAUGGGAUGGAAGUGCGCAACAGUUCAAUGUUCACCCACUGUGCAUGGUGCUUGGAAUGGUCUUCCUCUAUGGAGAUGCAAUUCUGGUCUUCAGAACGCUCAGAAACGAGAGUAAAACCACCGCCAAGAUCCUGCAUGCAUCCAUCCAACUGCUGGCACUGGUGGCUGUCAUUGUAGGUACGAUUGCUGUGUUUGAUUUUCACACCGCGCAGAAAAUCCCCCAGAUGUACAGCCUUCACAGCUGGUGUGGCCUCAUAACCAUUAUUCUCUUCUGUUUACAGUGGGUUAUGGGACUGACAUUCUUCCUGCUACCUACGUUGUCCUAUUCAUUACGAGCCAUCUACCACCCCUAUCAUGUGUACUUUGGAAUGGGGCUAUUUAUUCUGGCCAUUGGGACCUGUCUGGCUGGGAUCACAGAGAAGCUGUUGUUUUCCAUCAGUACCACGUACUCCAAGUACGACCCCCAGGGGAUCCUGGCUAAUGUCCUCGGGCUGUUGCUGGUUUCCUUUGGAUUUGUGGUGGGCUACAUCUUGAGCCGGGACGAGUGGAAGCGGGAGGCGAGCCCCGAGGAGGAGGCCCUGUCCAUGCACUUCAAGACCCUGACUGAAGGAGGGAGUCCUGACUCACAGCGGGAUCAGUGAAGGUCAACGUUCAGAUCCAAAGCACCAAGUAAAAUUGUGGCAGUGUGGUGUUUGCUGUGUGAGUGUGUGAGCGCAACUGGAAAAGGCAGCAGGUCGGUUCAUGUCUGUUGUCUGGUGGUUCACAAUGUCAAAUUUCUUACCAAAUGCCAAGUUGUCCAGGACACCCCCAGUAGAUUGCCACUAGGGUCAAUGGAUGGGGCAGAAAUCCUUUGGGUCUGAGUCCUGACCAUAUCCAGAUCUCUCCCUGCUUGGCCAGCCAUCCACUUUGCUCCCUAUCUUCAUCCAGCUCCCAGCAGGCAUGGACCAUGCCGCCAUCAAUGCCUCAUACCCCAAGCAGGCCUGGGUUAGGGCAACACUGCAACAUCAGUGUUGUGAAGGAGAGGGUCAGGGUGUGUUCUAGACGCCAGUCUUGGGGCAGGAUAUUAAGCUGGUUGAGGAGCUUUUCUCCCUUCCGAUCUUACUCCGAGACCUUCAACACUUUGUGCUGUUUUGUGUUUUUCCAGCAUUUCCCUGUUUCUACACUCACUUGGGCAUGGAGUAACCUAGCAGGUCAGGCAGCAUUUCUGGAGAACAUGGAUAGGGUAGGAAUGUUAAAAAAUGGUGAGAUUUAAAAAAAUCAAGCCUGUAAUUGAUCCCAUCAGAUAAAGCAUAAAAAUAACAUUAAUUUGAUACCUAAUUCACUCUCAUAUCUUCAGUAUUAAAAAGGUUAUGGUCAUUUUCAUACUCAGAAAUGAGCAUCUUGUUCCCUAUUGCUUUUCCAAUUACUUAACACAAAAGCUGUGAUUGAGGACAGUCAAAAGCCCAUAACUUUCUUAAAAAUUAAGAGAACUGAAUGAGAUUUUCAGUUAUUAUAGAUUGAAGUAUUCUGAAACAAAUAUGAAACUUAUCUUACUUGGAUGACCUGAAAUUAAAGCAUAUAAUUAGUUAGUUACCUAAUCGUAGCUAAUUACAAAAUUGACUGUUGUGACAGAAAUUGUAAUAAACACCGAGAUUACCUUGAAAAUUCAAAAAUGUGAUAUUCUCAAGAUCAGAACUUUAAUAUUAUUGUAUUAUAUGCUGUAAGUCCAUAACAGACAGGUAAAGAAAUUAGAAUUUCUAGCAAAAGACCAAGUCUUUAUGGAGAAGACCAGUUGCUAGCUGGCACAUUGGCAUAUCAUAAUGAGUAGCAUCAUCAUACUCCUCAGAUUGUAACUCUUGUAACAGAUAUACAACCUUGUUUUUCCUCAACUUUUCAAUUUUGGCAUUGUAAAAUGCAGAUUUUUGCUCAUCAAACCACGCAUGACAUGCCUUUCUGCCCACUAUUCUCACAUUAAGAAUGUCCUGUAGAUCAUCACAUUUGGAGUAGUUCAAAUUUGGAUAAUCUCUGCGAAUGCUGUCUAAAUCAGUCUCUUUUGCUGGGCAUUUGUCUAGACAAUUUAGUAUUUCUUCUUCGGAGACAUCUGUUUCAAAUGUAAAGAAAAAAACCCACUGAACAGCAUUAAUAGAAACAAGUUAUUAUUUGCAGUUUUCGAAAAAAAGUAGAUAUUAUAAAGUUAAACGCUAAAACAAAUAGUAAAUAUCCCCCAAAAAAUUCAUAUUCAUCAGUUUCAUCAAAUCAUUUAAAUUCAUCUAAUAAAUUACUAGAUCAUUCUAAACAUCUAUAUAUUUCUUAAGAAAAGGCUAAAAUUUUUAAAUGGCCUGUCCAAAUAACAAGCAACAAUUCACACAAGAAUUCACAAUAUAACAUGAUUUUAUAUGUCAAAUGGAAGGAAUUUAAUGUUUAAUUCCCAUAAAUUAAUCCAGAAACAUCCACUCUCAAGAUAAUCAAAAUCAUUAAUGUUUCCACAAUACAUCUGACUAAAACUGUACUGUGGAUAUUUAGUAUGAAAAUAUUGAUCAUGGAUAGACAAUAACACAACAUAUAGAUGAUUUAGAUGUUCUUAUGACAUGAUUGUGCAAAAAAUUUGAUUAUCUUGAGAAUGGAUGUUUCUGGAAUGUGAUCAAUUGGAAUGUGGCCGAUGCCAUAUAUUUUAAGUCCAUAUCGGCAGGCAAGACAUGGCCGAUUCGUAUGGGGCCCUAAAUAACAUUUUUCGCAACAUAAGAUUAAUGUGAUUAAAAGCCACACCAAAAGCAAGAUAAUAUGUUAAAUAAACGACAUACCUUUUGUUUUGUCCUCAUAUUGCGAUCCGUGAUGUUGCAGGCAUUCGAAGUCGCAUUUAACUUCAAUCCAGCGAUGCAAUUAAAAAAAAAAAAAAAAAAACGGGAACGGAAGCACGAACGAUUUUUCUUCAUCAGCUAGCAGCCCGAGAAAAUCCUUCUCCAACAACCAAUACAAACCUGCAAUUUAAUCCCGCAAACCCCCCCAAGACUCUUAACAAUGCUAGAUAGGAGUCUUAGGAAGGGACUCAACCUACAACGUCGCCUAUCCAUGUUCUCCAGAGAUGCUGCAUGACCUGCUGAGUUACUCCAGCACUUUGUUUCCUCUUUUUCCCAAGAGAGGCUUGACUUUGAAAAUGUUCCCACAGAUUAACCAAUUACAAGAUCCAAGGCAAUUUGGGCUCCCCUGAGGUGGUGAAAUGCACCAUAUUGAUCUAAGACUAAUGCAAGUGACACUCUCUGCAAGAGGCUCAUCUCUGGGACGAAUGUCUCAUCAGACUGCCUGGGCACCCUCCUGUGGGAGCCAGGGCUGGUUUCCCCAUCACUGAGCCCAAUGGCAUGUCACGACCUGGCAUCCAGCCCUGUUCCCAAGCACAGUCCUGAUCAGUGUGAAGGGCGAGGACACAUGGCCUGCUCCUGGUCCACAGCCCCUGGUCCAAUCAACCACUGAGUGAAUGAAACAGCUUGCCCAGACACCAUUGACAACUGGAUCAGCUCAGCUGGCUCCCUGCUCACCAACGUCCUGCUGAGAGAGAGGGAUGACACACCUCCAACUCAACGUCUCCUCGGAGACCCUGCUGAACCCUCCGGCAUUUUCCCUGCCUCGAAGGUCUAUGAACACUGGAGAGGUCACUGAGCAGUUCUCAUGUUGAUGACACCAGCCUAAAGUGAUAGCUCCCCAGUAAAUCAGCUCUUUAAUUUUGUGGACACCACUUGAGAUCUUAUUUCCUUUUCACUCUCUUUAAAUAGUCAAAACUUUAAAAUAACUUCGCUCUAGUUAAACCUUGCAGUCAUCGCUGAAAGAAGGAUUUAUAGCUGAGGGUUCCAACGCCACCAACUUUGACCAGAUGAAGUGAAUGGACACAAAAUGCUGGAGUUAUUCGGCAGGUCAGGCAGCAUCUCUGGAGGAAAGGAAUAGGCGAUCUUUUGGGUCAAGACCCUUCUUCAGACUGAGAAGCGAGUGGAUUUCCCACUUAGUUACCAAUCUAGUAACCAGUUGCCUGGCAACAUACUCCCAUGGAGGCUUUGUCAUACAGCAUGGAAUAGGCCAUUCAGCCCUCUGAGUCUGUGCUGGCAAUCAACCACCCCUUCAUAUCCAGCCAUUAAACUCUCUCCACAUUCCUAUCCAAUCCUCUCAGAUUCUCCCACAAGGGGUAAAUUGCAAUAACUAAUCCACCUACUAAACGUCUCAAAUCAGAGGGGG